CACUUCACAGCAAAAAAGACCUAAACAACGGAAACUUUACCGAUCUCGAUCUCAGCCUCAACUUACACAGCAGCAGCCAACCGUCGAUAAUCUUCUUCAUGAUAUUAAAAGUAUGGUAGAAGGUCUUCAUGAUCUUGAUGUUAAUCGCUUACAAGUAGUCAAAAACAAAUUAGAACAUGCUCUUAAAGAAGUUCAAAGACCAGAAAGGGAUUUCCGACUAGGAGACUGGGUAGAUAAAGACAAAAAUACUAACCUUCCUCCAAAUCUUAGAAUUGAGAAACAGUAG